AUGAAUACCACCACCACAACUCCAACGCCCGGCAGCCCUCUCGAUACCUCAAACCCGCUAACUACCGGGACGCCGAGGGGUGAUCAUAUACACCCGGGGUGGUAUCUGGGGUCAUCGGCCCUGGGCCUGCUGGCAAUUGUUCUUAUAGGGGUUUCGAUUUCUUGGUCUCGUAUUUGUAUAAUGCGUGCGAAGCAGAGAUAUCCUGCAGCGGGGUUUACCCCCACCAAUAUUGACGAUGCGGAGCGACUAAUGCUCCUGAAUAGACGACCGCCACGAAGAAAGUGGUGGCAGGUUGUCGGGGAAAACCUAUGCUGUUGCUGUGUUAAACCCAGCGAGAAAGACAUGAAUUAUUGUCUUCGCCUCUUAGAGGAAGGCAGGAUGAAACAGCAUGAGGCCAGAAAUGCAUCUCAGACGCCUGCGAACGCCCCCCAGGAGGCGCCCAGUACUACGCCCCCGUCGCCCUCCAAUGCCUCCCAGGUGUCCGGGAAUGCCUCCGCACCCUCCAAUGCUUCCCAGGUACCUGGCAAUGCGCCCCCUGGGUCCCCAGCAGUUCCCUUGGCCAGCGGGAGUGCUGGAAGUCCUACAAUUGCUAGGACCACGCGGGAAAGGUGGAAACGCUGGUCGAAGAAGGGGAUAAAGGCCAUGUUUGGUUAA